UUUGUGACAGGAGCUCUGUUUUUGAUGUUCUGAGUUUUGUAAACGAUUCAAUGGUUGGUGAUUUUGUGCAGUUGCAUCGGUGUGUAGUUUGCUAGAUCGAAAAAGGUCCUUGUUGAAUUAGUCUCACGUGUUUUGGUUUCCGUUUGAAGCUUAUUAGGGGGCUGAUUCGCUUCUGUGUGUUGCUUUACAAGAUGGCAUCUGCGACUCUUAGGAGACGGCUUCAUCACGGGGAUGUAGAUGGGAGAAAGUAUGAACGUUACGAUGCAACUGACUCCGAAACAUUAAGCGAGCCCUUGUUGGGAAGUAGUAGCGAUAGUAAAGAUACCUACAAUGAGGAGCAUACUCUGGAGGAUACCUGGGAAGAAGAACGGAAGAGACAGCAAGUUCACUGGACGCUAAUCUUUUCUCAGUUGAUUGCACAAUGGGCUCAGUGGAUAGCGAAAAUUGUCUUUGGAUCUGGCUCGCUUUUUGGGAGGUUCCUUUCUCUGUCUCAUAUAGGUUCUGGUCGAAGGCUUCUACCUCCGCCUCUUAGUAUGUUGCAGGAAGAAAGGCUGAGAAACAUUAAGAGAAGAAUAGAAAUACCCUUUGAUGGAUCUCGAAUGGAGCAUCAAGAUGCUCUGAGACAACUCUGGAGGUUAGCGUAUCCACAAAGAGAACUACCACCUCUUAAAUCCGAACUCUGGAAGGAGAUGGGAUGGCAAGGAACAGACCCUUCGACGGAUUUUCGAGGUGGAGGAUAUAUAUCACUGGAGAAUCUAAUCUUCUUUGCCAAGACUUAUCCGGAAGCAUUCCAUAGAUUGUUACAUAAACAAGAUGGAACAAGAGCCGAAUGGGAAUAUCCUUUUGCGGUCGCUGGCAUCAAUAUCUCAUUCAUGCUAGCACAAAUGUUAGAUCUGCAAUCAGGUAAACCAUCAACGCUAGCUGGGAUAAGAUUCUUGGAGUUUCUGGAGGAAGACGAAAUGGCGUUUGAUAAUCUCUACUGUCUAGCUUUCCAAAUGAUGGAUGCACAAUGGCUUGCCAGACGAGCUUCUUACAUGGAAUUCAAUGACUAUAGAUGUCAAUUGGGCGGGCCGGGCGGGUUUGGGCGUGUCCGAAUGGGCUUUAUUUUUUUACUGGACAUAUUUGGUCGAAGCCCAAAUAGAACCAUGUCCAAAUGAGACCAAAACCAAAUAAGACCAUGAUUUAUUACAUUUGUUGGGCUGUCCAUGGGCCUAUAUGACCACUUAAUGUAAACAACACAAUUUUUCAGUUUUAAUAAGUAAAAUUCAUACAAGUUCUAAA